UUGUUGUAAAAGGGAAGCAAAGAGAUUUUUCCACACUGAGAAGAACAUUGGCUAAUCCAAGAAGUCUAAAGAAUUCAGGCAAGCCUUAAAUGAGAUUACUCUGAGACGCUGCUUAAGAUGGGUUAAGAGACAGGCGUGCACGCCAGCAAGCCUCUACAAACAUUUUAGCGCAUGUAUCCAAUAAGUAUUUCCUAACUGGAGAGUAAAUAGCUUAAUUUGUUUCCCGGCAGUGUUUUCAUAAUAUCAAACGACAUCACUAUUUCCCUUUGAAAAAUCUCUGGGAAGAGGGUUGGUGCAUUCAGAUAAAUUGAAGCAUGUUGAGCUCUGCUUGCUGCACGCUUGAGGGAAAAUAAACACACGUAACUUAAUGCACACACAAAACGUCCCUCUCCUCAUUUUGCCUCUGCCAAUAAAUUUGUGAAGUGCCAAAUCAGUAAAACAAUCACUCAAUAGCACUGAGUAGUUUAGUCAUCCAUAUUGCAGGGGUGGAAAUACAUACAGUAUUUUAGGGAAGAAGCUAGGAAUAUGGAUGUUUUGAAAUGCUGCAAUAAGCCCAAUUUGGAUGGUGGAGGAAGGAGUGACAAUUUGAGAGCAGAAAAGUAAUUUUUGGUCUCAACUGGCUGUGGAUAAUCUCUGUAGCAGGGCUAAUUCUGUCACAAUUGUUCCAAAAUAGCGUAACUGGCUAGAACGGGAACCCCCAAUGUGGCACCCUCAGAUACUCCCAUAGUGCCCACCAAAAACCCCUGCCCCUUCCAAUUUUGUUUAAAAAUUUGGAGUGGUUUUGCCUAGGUUUGACAUAUUUCAAAAAGUGAAAAUCUUGACACAAAAGUUGAGUUGUUGAGCUUUUUUGGGCAAAGUUGCUGAUUGUUUUGGGGUUUUUUGGGUUUUACCAAAAGUUGUUGAGUUUUUUUUGCCAAAAUCUACACUUCCUACAUAGGUUGCUAUACGUCCGGAUUUUCCCGGAAAUUUCAGUAAUUUCCACCCGGACACUGUUUCUGACUGCCGUAUUCCAGCUAUGUCUGGGAUGUAUAGCAACCCUAGGUUUCUUGAAGGGGAGGGAGUGUUGGCUGCUGUUUGAUUGUCAGUUUUAUUUGUUUUGAGGUACAUGCCAGUGUUUUACUUGUAUUUUUGGAGGGGGGGCAGCAUUCUGAGCAUUGCCAGUUAUUCUUCUGUGCAAUGGAUAUUUUGUGGUGCCCGUAACUUAGAUUUCCUAAUGUUCUACCAAGGCAAAAAAUAUUGGGGAACCUGGACUAGAGAGUUGGAUUUUGACUGGAGAUGCUUGUAUUCAAAUACUUGCUGAGCUUUGAAGCUCACUUGGUAACACCUCAGUAAGGUAGUGUCUCUUAGCCCAACCUACUCUGUAGGUAGGGAGCCUGUGUGGCUGAUUUUACAGUGGACAGCUCUCUAUUAGAAAGGCUGUCUAGUCCAUGUCCAGCUUAAAGAUAAAGAACAAUUGGAUAAAACAGUUGCUGGGUAAUCAAAACAUGCUACUCUGAAAUUCAUAAAGGAAAAGGGUAAUUCAUUUAUUUAUUUAUAGUAUUUCUAUUCAGCUUUUCAGGCAGUCCUGAUAUUUCAGUAUCAUUGGAAAUGAAGACAAGUCCAGUUGGUUGGAUCCUCCGCACCAAUAUCAAUUCCUUCUCUCUAGUUUGUCAUCUACAUAGCUGUUUCAAAAAGCACAAAGCAAGAUCAUUUAUUUAUACCAUUCUGAAUCCCGUGCUUUAAGAAAACCUUAAGAUAGUGGAUAUGAAAAUGAAGCAAAGAAGAAGGAGAAUUGCAGGAAUUAUUAUAAACAUAAAAGGUAGUCCUGAGUUUAAUUUCUCUCUCUGGUUGAUUCAUCUAAAAUGGUGUGUGUGUGUUUGUGUGUAUGCAUGUGUGGAUAUUCCUUGAACAUCUGUGAAAUUCGAAAAGAUUUUGAAAGUCCUCUUCAAAGUAUUGCUGGGAAUUAGUGGCUUGAAUUCUUUUUUUAAAAAAACCCGUUUUCAUCCUUUUGCAUCUGUUCAAACAGCUGUGGAUGUGGUGAGUCGGAAAGGGUGAGGCAAGUCAUCAGCUGUCCUUCUGAAGAACAAAGACAAGCUGCCUUGCUAGGAUGUGGUUCUGUUAAAAGGUAGUUGUCAUCUUCCCACUGGCAUGAGAUUUGAGGAACCCAAAGUCACCCUGAAGCCAGAUUUCCUGUGUCACAGAGCUCAGGUCUAAAAUCAGUACUUACUACUGAGUCACAAGGCUGGUAUAUGUAUGUGAGCAAAACAAUCAUUUGGGUCUGGCUCAUAAUUACUUACAUUGCUUGAGGAACAGGAAGGUUAGGUAGGGUACCCUAAAUUUCUCCAGUCCACAGAGUCAUGGCUGUGUUGCCUAACAUGCAUAGCUUCACCAACUUCAUCUCUAGGAAUGCAACAUAAGAAGAGGCCUGCUAGAUCAGACCAAAGGAGCAUCGAUUCCGGCAUUCUAUUUUCACUGCCUAUGAGAAACCCACAAGAAGGACAUGGGAGUGACAGCAUCAGAAGCCUAAGUAGCUUCUGAUACUGGAGACAAUAUUUUGGCCAGCCCUUCAUUAUACAAGUACAUAAAUCAAUUUCAGCAGACUAAAGAAUGGGUAAAACAACAUGUCCAUAACACCAAUGGCUUCAAGUUACAAGAAAGGAGAUUCCAACUAAACAUACAGAAAACAAUUUUCUGAAAGUCAGAGCAUCUGUCAGGGAUGCUUUAGCUGAGAUUCCUGCAUUGCAGGCGGUUGGACUAGAUGACCCUUGGGAUCCCUUGGAACGCUACAGUUUUAUAAUUCUAUUAAACACCAUAAAGAAAUACAAAAUAAUCACCAGUUACUGUCUCAUCUAAAGGAGAAAGCAUGCUAAACAAGAGAAUAAGAUUGUUGCUUAAAUGAGUCUUCAAGAGACAUCUGAAGGUUAACAGUGAGGAUACCUGCUGAAUCUCUGCUGGAAGAAUGUUCCACAACACCAGAUCAAUUACAUGAAAUGCCUUGCUUGAGGCUGUACACACAAGUCACCUAGACUCAGGUUUCCCAGUUCAUCCAUUUGCAACAGGCAACUGACCCUGGCAGUAGAGACCUAGACAGAUUUGCUGCCAACCCUACCAAAUCUGCUUUCUGAAAAACUCAGUCCUAUAAUUGGUAAAAAAUAAAAUAAAAAAGGUAAAGGUAAAGGGCCCCUGGAUGGUUAAGUCCUCUCAAAGGCAACUAUGGGGUGUGCUGAGGGAGCUGGCAUUUGUCCACAGAGAGCUUUCCGAAUCAUGUGGCCAGCAUGACUAAACCACUUCUGGUGCAAAAGAAUACCAUGACAGAAGCCAGAAGGCACAUAAACAUUGUUUACUUUCCCGCCGCAGCGGUACCUAUGGGACCGCCUCUCCUGGUAUGUCCCACAGAAGAACUUACGGUCUGCAAAUAAAAACACCCUGAAGAUCCCAGGUCACAGAGACGUUAGGCUGGCCUCAACUAGAGCCAGGGCUUUCUCGGCCGCGGCUCCAAUCUGGUGGAACGCUCUGUCACAAGAGACUAGGGCCCUGCGGGACCUGACAUCUUUCCGCAGGGGCUGUAAGACAGAGCUGUUCCACCAGUCCUUUGGUCAGGCCGCAGCCUGACCCCCCUCCUCUGGCAAUCUGCACAGAAUUUUGCUUAGUGGUUGCCAUCAAUUUGAUUUUAAUUAAUUUUUAUAAUGAAAGGUUUUUAGAAUGUUGGAUUAUUUUGAUUGUUGUUAGCCGCCCUGAGCCCAGCUUCGGAUGGGGAGGGCGGGGUAUAAAUAAAAUUUAUUAUUAUUAUUAUUAUUAUUAUUAUUAUUAUUAUUAUUAUCUACUUGCACUGGUAUGCUUUCAAACUGCUAGGUUGACAGAAGCUGGGACAGAGCAACGGGAGCUCACCACGUUGCAGGGAUUCGAACCACUGACCUUGCAAUCGGUAAGCCCAAGAGGCUCAGUGGUUUAGACCACAGUGCCACCCACGUCCUAAUAAUAAUAAUAAUAAUAAUAAUAAUAAUAAUUUAUUUAUUCCCUGCACAUCUGGCUGGGUUUCCCCAUCCACUCUGGGCGGCUCCCAAUCAAAUAUUUAAAACACAAUACAGUUUUAUGUAUUUCUAUAGCUGAAAUACAUCUAUUUGGCUUAGUGAUUGAUUGCAUUAUGAUGGCAAUGCUCCUUUGUCUAGGCAACUAUAUGACCAGAUGCAUAUUUAUACAAUUUGUAUAAUGGCUAGAAUGGCAGAUUUUAAAUACAUAAUUAAUUCUUAUACUCCAGUGCUGGAAUGGUCCAUUAACUUUAUUUUUUAUGUUUCGCUUAAGAGAACUGUUGGUUCUAGUUUCUGCCCCCCCCCCCCCCCCGGUUUCUUUCUAAGCCAGUUAACAAAGAACUUAGAAACCAGAAGGUCUUUUUGCUUUCUUAAUGUCUGGAAUCCAGUAAGGAAUUGCAUGACUUUGGAAUAACUUUGGGGGGGGGCACCCUUCCACAGUUCAUGGAUAAGCCUAUAAAUGGCUUCCAGUCAUAAUGGCUGUAUCAGCUUGGCUGGGUUCUUAAAUCUGGGGGGUCUUUUUCAUGGUCCCACUGCUGGGGAAGACACACAAGAUAGGGGCAUCUCUGUAGUGGAUGGCUCUAUGUAGGCCUUAAAACUGAUAAUGGAAUCAUAGAAUUGUAGAGUUGGGAGGGUCAUCAAGUCCAACCCCCUGCAAUGCAGGAAUCUCAGCUAAAGCAUCCAUGACAGGUGGCCAUCCAGCCUCUGCUUAAAAACCUCCAAGGAAGGAAAGUCCCCCACCUCCCGAGGGAAACUGUUCCACUGUCAAGCAGCUCUUACUGUCAGAAAGUUCUUCCUGAUGUUUAGUCAGAAUCUCCUUUCUAGGAACCUAAAUUCAUUGGUUUGGAUCCUACCCUCUGGAGCUGGAGAAAACAAGCUUGAUCCAUCUUCCAUGUGACAGCCCUUGAGAUAUUUGAAGUUGGCUAUCAUAUCUCUCAGUUUCCUAUUUUCCAGGCUAAACAUCCCCAGCUCCUUCAACCCCUGUGCACCACUUUGAUGUUAUUGGAUGGUAUAUAACUAUUAAUCAAUAAAUGUAAAAUUAAUUUUGAAAGGUCUUGCCCAUCCCCAUCAGUGGUGGUGGGGUAUUCUGAUCAUUACAAAUAUGCUUUAGAAGUUUGCUGCCAUGAUGUUCCUAGUCAUACAUUAUUUGAAAGGGCUCAUUGUUAUCCUUUCUCUUCCUUUCUUUUUUCCAUUCUUUGGCCUGCCCUCCUGUUCUCUGAUGUCCUGAGGAUGGACACUUGCCAAGUCGUUCCUUCCAAACACAUUAGUUUGUAUCAUUCAUCAUGCAACAUGCCACAAAGCUGAUAGCCCAAGUAUGAAAGGCAAACAAUGUCAGGGUGUUCACAGGGUAGAAACUACACUUCUUAAAACGAAUCCAUGUUCUUUUUAACCCUCUCAAAAGCAGUACGUUUGUUGCCAUAGUAAUGCUUCCUAAUCUGUCCAAAAUGUAUUCUUAGGAUGACACCCAGUGGCCAGGUCAAUUAACAACACUACAUUUUCUUUAGUUCAUUCUUUUCUUGCUGCCAAUAAUUGUAUAUAUGUAGAGAUAUGUCAGACCUUCCAGAUAAAAUUCCACUUCAACUAUCAGCCAGCAUCAAGUUUUCUCUGAAAUGCUGAAGGCUCCAUUUUCUCUAGAUUCUUUUUUUAAGAAAAGAGACUGAGCUUGAUUAUAUUUAAGAAAAAACAAAUCACAAGAAAAUUCACACACACACACACAAACAACAAUAUUCUAACCAAACGCAUGCAGAAAAUAAUCUUGCUAGUUCUUCUACAAAAGCAAGCAUGCUGCAGCAGCAGUGCACUAAGCUAUGUCAAGGAAGCGUCCUUCUACAUCACCAGCAGCAGACAAGUGAAAACAAGCAGUCAUUUUUAAUUCGAUGCUGUUAAAGGGUUUGUAUGGCUUCCACCCAUUUCUAUCCUCCUAGAUUUUCAUGGUCAAUUUUUGGGGGGUGGCAUAAUUAGGAAGGUAAGAAUAAUUCCACACUUACAUUAUUGUAGACUAUGGCAUCAUUUUGAUGGAAGAAAGCACAAUGCUACGGUUUAAAAAUAGAGCCUUGUAAUAUUCCUUGUGUUAUUCUAGCAGAUCUAGGUGACUGCAUGUUCAGUGAGAGGAGCAUUCUGUCUUAUUACUUAUAGAGCCCUCUCCUCUCACCUUUGCCAUAGGCAUGGCAAGAGUAGUGAUAUUUUACUGAAAGGAUCUACUGCCAGCAUACAUUUUGUGGAAGGUAAGAAUGGGGCUUCUGUGUGUAAAUAGCUGUGCUCUCACAUACCGUUCCACAUAAAUUCUUCACCAUCAGCUUAUGUGGAAGACCCAUUCUCACUUUCCACCAAAUGCAUGGAGUUUGAGAGCAGGGCUAGCAUAUAAAAUCUCUCUCCUUCUCCACUCACUGCAUGAGUAGCACUGCCAAGAAACCCAUCCAUAUAAGAAGGGAAUCCCUCAAUUGCAGCUUCUACCUCAAUAGUCUGCACUUCUUGUUACCCAAAAUUACCUUAAUUAUGAGAAUCUAAAGUGCCACUCUCUUUUAGGGUCCCCCAAAGUAGAGUACAGAUUCCAGGUUGUGGUGUGGAGGCACAUGAGGUCACCAUCUUGUUGAAACUAAGCAGGUCUGGGUCUCGUCCUUAUCUGGAUGAGUGACACCCUGGGAACCAUAUGUAUACUACCUUGGCCUCUGAUGGAAGAAUGGCAGUAUAUACAUAUAAUAAAAGAAGCACAUGCACUCUGAUCAUUUUUAAUCACUUGACAGCAUGGUUGCAUAGUAGUGUUUCUGUUUUGUGAAACGUGUUGCAAGUGAAUUUCUGAAAAGGGAGGGAGGUGGAGAAAAUCCUUAAGGAGGAAAGUGUGUGUCCUUUAGAAUUUCCCUGAAUUUUAUUGCAGCUUUCUUCUUGGAAACCAAGAUAGAUUUCAUUGUAAAGGAAUCAAUGCCAACCUUCUCUCUGUAUUGAUUUCCAAAGGUUAAGUCUGAAUGACAAGAUUAAUUUUAAACUUACUGAAUGUAGCAAAGAAGAGUCUCAACUCCGCCAUCUCUCUCCCUCUUCUGGUUGGCUUGGGCUACAAUUUGGAUUUUUUUUUUAAAAAAAGAGCUUUGUAAUUGGUCUCUUACUGCUUUCCCCCUUCAGCAUCCAUAUGCAGAUCAGUAUCUUCAUAUUUAUCAAUCCCAGUUUUAUCGUGUCCAUCUUCAAGGGAGUUCUGGGCAGUAGACAUGGGUCACCCAGCCACCAUUUAAGCUUCACACUAUCAACAGCCCUUUGGAAUAAGUUCAUCGUAAAGUGA